AUUGGGCAAAGUGACAUUACUCAAAACCACAUCUUCAUCAUGGCGGAACAAACUGAGAAGGCGUUCAGGAAGCAAAAGAUCUUUCAGAAUGCAAAGAGCAGAGGUACUGCCCGUCUGCACGCUAAAACGAAGAGAUGGUAUAAGGAUGUCGGUCUAGGCUUCAAAACCCCUCAAGAGGCCAUCAACGGUACUUACAUCGACAAAAAGUGCCCAUUCACCGGAGAGGUCUCUAUUCGAGGUCGUAUUCUGACCGGCGUCGUCCACUCGACCAAAAUGACCAACACCAUUAUCAUCCGUCGUGAAUACUUACACUUCGUUCCUAAAUACCGUCGAUACGAGAAGCGUCACAAGAACCUGGCCGCUCACUGCUCACCUGCCUUCCGUGUUGAACAAGGGGACACUGUCACCGUUGGUCAAUGUCGCCCUCUCUCCAAAACGGUCCGAUUCAACGUUCUCCGUGUGAGCAAGAACCAGGCCGCCGCUAAGGCUUUCGGCAAGUUUUGAGCUCGGAGUAUGAUGAGGUCUCAAGGCUUGUAAGAUGAUGCAUGGCAUUCCAGCGCUCAGUGCAUGUUUGGGAUGUCCCGUCUUGAUCGUGUGCAUGUUGAGUAUGCGGCUUGCUACUAGCUGCUCGCAUGGUAUCGUUGUGUUAUGCUACAGUACUCUAUGAUCU